AUGCGCGCAACGACCGUGGGGAUUAUCUCCAUUGGAGAUAUGGGACUGGGGAUAGCCAAGCUGCUCCAAUCCCACGGCUUUCGCGUAGUCACCGUCACUCAAGGCCGGAGUGAGCACACUCUUACGCGGAUCCGCGCAGCCGCCAUCGAGGCAUUCCCAUCCGUUCACGAACUGGUCGUUCAGGCCGACUACAUUCUCUCCAUUGUACCACCCCGCAAUGCGUUUGCGACGGCUGAACGUGUCGCGGAAGCUUGCAGACAGCCCGAGACGCAAUCACAGAGAGAAUUAUUGGAAGACGUCAACGGACAGCCCAGCCGAAGCCCACUCUACUUUCUCGAGCUCAAUGCUACGCCCGCCCGAUCGGCCGAGGAGGCAGCGACUCUGUUCCAGACCCAGACCCAGGAUCAGGACCAGGCACCACGGAGAUUCGUUCCAAAUAUCUUUCUCGAUGGUGGAAUUAUUGGGGCUCCACCGACGCAGCGGCCGGAUGGAUCGUGGAAAAGGCCUAGCGUGGUAGUCUCGGGGACAGUGGAGAACUCUACGCCAGCAACUUUCACCGAGUUGGCGAAAGCGCUGAAUAUAAAAGUAGUAUCGGAACGAAUCGGGGCGGCGUCGACGCUGAAAUUGACGUUCGCGGCGCUGACGAAGGGACUCACGGCGUUGUCGAUAUUGUCCUUCUCCACGGCGGAGCGGGAGGCGGUGCUCCCGGAAUUACUGGCACACUUGGAAGAAUAUUCGCCCGCGACGGCGGGAUUGGCUAGGUCUGGGGUGGUGGGGAUGAGUCCGAAGGCAUAUCGGUGGGAGGAGGAGAUGCGUGGGAUUGGAGAGACGUUGGAUCGGGAGGGAGGAUGGGAGGGAGUGGGAGAGAGGGUGUACGGCGGGAUCGCGGAAAUCUACCGUACGGUGGCGGAGGAGACGAUCCUCGGCCAAGAACGAGUUGGUCAGCGGGAGCGAGGGACCAGUGUCGAGGACGCGGCACAGAUUAUUGCCAGACGUAAAGACUAG